UUAUUUUACAGACGUAUUCAGUGUUUCAAUCUAUGUAACACGAAUAUAAUAAUUUGUUACAUAACAAUAGUAGUUUGUUUUUAAAGCCUCUCAUUGUCAUAUUUUCUUGGAUAAUUAUUAAUGGUGCGGAGUUAAUCAUUCUGAAUGGCCAAGGAACUUCUUAUAUCAUUCAUAUACGAUUCACAACUUUGUCAAAAAGAAGAAGAUGAUCCUCAGGCAGCUGUUGUUUACUUUCACCCCAGUUGGACAAGUGAUGAUCAAAAACUGGCUCUUUGUGGACAGUUAAUGGGGGUCACUCAAUUUAUGGCAUUGAAUUUCCAGAAACCAACCAUUGUGUCUUUCGCCAGUGGAAAGUUUGCUGUUCGCUAUUUCAAACGAUACAUUCUUUUUGUGGGUUCGGAUCAAAAUUUGUCAGACACAAUUUUGCAAACCAGGGCAGAAACUUUGUAUCAGCUCAUCAGAUUCUAUCAUAGAGAUAUUUGCACAGUCAAUGAUGUCGUCUCCAAACAAUCAGGCGAUAGUCUAAGUGAAAAACUAGCUCACAUGUUUCAGAUUUAUCUUCCUGUUCUUCAAUAUGCAACCAAUGUGUUUGGGAACAUUCCAACAUUCAAAUUGCCUAAGAGUGCAAAUAGUAUAUUUUUGGAAGCAAUGCAAAUUCUAAGAAAUUUCCAAGAAAACAGUGGAGUAAUAGGUGGUUUGAUUCUGUAUCAAAAUAGGGUGAUUUGUUCUCAGUUAAGUCCUAACCUUACCAAACUCUUAGUUCUCACAGAUCCAUACCGAAUCAAGCUACCUGCAGAGAAUGUUGCUAUCAAAUUUAAUCUGCCAGUUGGAAUGCAGCUUUUGACUGUGUACGCAAAUAAAAAUGAGUUAUCUGAAUUGACAAAUGAAACUCAAAGUCUGCUGAAAACCAUUAAUGAACUUGAAUCUCAAAGAGAAGAAAUGAAAUCUCAGAUAUCAAACGGGAAACCUACUCUAACCAAAGAGUCUACCAUCGGCCUGAAAAGAGACAUAUCUCGGAAUUUCACCCUCUUGGAAGAAGAUGAAGAAGAGACUGUCCAUCCUGGAUUGAGUAUUAACACAAGUAUUCCUGAUCUGGUCAAAGAUGUGAGACAUCACUCCUUAACCCAAUCGAGUGUUUUUAACAAUACAGCUGCUGCCAACACUGUAGCUGAGUUUUCUGAUAGCAAACUACGCUCCCUUAGCGCAGAAUCUAUUCCUGCCUCCCUUUCCAUCCCUGUCAGGUACUACAGUUUGGGUUUUCCACCCUUAGAUUUCAAUUCCAAAGAGAAAUCAAAAUCUAAGAAGACACAAAAUUUAUUAUAUAAUUCCAUUUGUGAUCCUGUUUUCCCAUAUUUUAAAAGUAAUGGCCUGCCAGCCUCUUCAAGUAUUCAUGAUGACAGAUUAACGCAGCACUACUCAACUUUAUUUCAGAAAAGCACUCUUGACAGCAAGGUUUCAAGAUUUACAAAGAAAGAUUCGAUCAAAGGGAAGGCUAUUGCAAAAUCAGAGGAACCAAAAAGAGAUAAACCAAAACGACCAAUGAACCUUAACCUUCAUUCCUUAGCGGACACCUCUGAUGCCAAGUUUGAUAAUGAGAAUAAAAUGGGGAAUAGAAUUAGCGCCAUGCCAAUACCUCUAACACCUCUAAUGGCAAAGCUGAAUGCAUUGAAACAGACUCAGGUGACAGAAAAAUCCGAUCUCAACGACCUCUCAGCGGGAGAUUCACCGGUGGUGAACUCACAGCUGAGCAUCGAAGAAAUGUUGAAACAACUCUCACAACGGGACAAAUUUAAAAAAGGAAAAAAGGAGCCGCAGAAACAAAGUGAAAGAACCCAUCAUGUCAACUCCACGACCGCUGUUGACUCAAAGUCUUGCCGUACAGAAGAUGAAAAUUUAGAAGAGUUAGGCCUGUUUGUUUACGGUUUUCAGAAUACAACUUUGCUCUUACUGCUGAAGUCAGAAACUAGCUGUGACAGUGUGCAAGUUAAUUCAUUGUUUGACAGAAGCGUGGACAGCCUUCAUAAGUUAGAAUCUCAUCUAGUUCACUCUCUUAGUACUAUUUCUCAAGGAGAUAGCGUCUCUAAUUCGUAUAGUUUCAUGGCUCUUGAUCCUGAUUGGGGCACAUUCUAUCGAGGAGGAACUUGGGUCGGAGAGUCGUUUGAAUUACUAUCGUCAAUCUACAAUGAUUUGAGGGAACAUCCGGAUUUCAGUGAAAUUGUACUCAGGUCAAAUGAUUCAACUGUAUAUGGAUCACAGUUGGGACAUAAUCAAAUAUUUUACCAACAAAGAUCACAAGCUCAAAUUGGAGGUUUACCGGCACCUUCGGAUCUGAUGGGAACAAUUCAUUUGAAAGCAAAACGUAGGUUAGAACGAGAUCACGGUUUCGUUUUAUUUUAAAGUGAGUAACUCAUAGGAUCUUUAUUUUAAAGUAUUUAUUUAUUCUUAUAUUAUUUUUUGCCCUCAAACAAUCUAUUUUUAAACGUGUUUUCUACUCAGUAGUUUUGUUUUUUUUUUUGUUAAUUGUGUUCUGAUUUUAUUUUAUUUUUUUUUUUUAAAUUUUGGACGUGUUUGGUCUAUUAAAGUAAUCGUGCAGCUUGAAUAUGUAAUAUAUGAAUGAAAAACUGUACAAAACAAAGCCUCCGUCUUUAAGCUACAUAUCGAUGACUGAAGUAAAAAAAAUGUGAAUCUCAGAUGGUAACGUUUUAAGUCUCCUCUCGUGUUUCAUUUUUUUUUUUUUUUUUUUUUUUUUUUUUUUUUUUAAAUUAAAACUAGUAACAAGUUUUCGUCGACAUUUCCAGUAAAUGCUCUUCCCUUAUUUUAUAAAAAGCACACUAAAUUACAAGUGAAAACUUUGAUCAGUUUUGAGAUUACAAAAUAUAAUCGGAAAUUUUUAAAUGUUGCAAAACAGGUAUGCAUUUUUUGAAUUUAGCCAUUGCUAUGUACUCCUUAAAUAUGGCAUGUAUUGUAUCUGCUGUUUCAAAGCAGCUUCAUUCAGUAAUAUAACUCUCUGCAGGUGGAGACGAUUCGAUUAUUGUUCUGUGGAAUACUAUCUUCCAGCUUAGAGUAAGUGAACAAAAGAAUUUCAUUGUAUUUUUUGUUAUUAAUUUUUUCUUCUUGAAAUGUUUAAAAUAGCAGGGUUUUUUUGUUUUUGGUCUCUUUUUUGCAAACAUUUCCAACAGUGUAACUCGUAAAUUGUAGAACUUUAGGAAACCAGGAGCAGGCAAUGCUCUUGAAAUGGAUUACAUUUCUGGUCUGAACAUUAAGAUAUCCCAUUUUGGAGGUCCCUUUUGAAUUUUUUUACUGCCAUUUCAGUGAACGGUCUCAAUGUAAAGUAUUUUCUAUGUCCAUCGUUGUAAAUAGAAAGCAGUCAGUUUGCAUUUUCAAAGUAAGUAAAAGCUGUAAAAAUUUGUACCAAAAUGUGAAUUGAAUUUUUUUUUCAUUUUUCAUAAUGGUCUUCAUUUGCAAUUAAAAAAAUAGCAAAUAACCACAACAUAUUUUUGGCAUUUCAGCAGACAUUUCAGAAUCUGGAACUUGAAACUUUAUGAGUGCUCUUAAUAACAUGUUAACUUCUCUGUCUGUGUUUUUUUUUUCUCUCUCUCAUAUAUGUAUUUAAAUAUUUUACCACUAUCAUUGUUAUCGCAAUGUUUUCCUUGCUUUUUAAUUUUCAUGUCCUUAAAUUUUAUACUCCAUUAGCCCUUAUUUACUAAUUAAAUUUUAAAGCUUCCAAUCGGAAUUUUAUGAUUUUGGUUUCAAUUUGUCCACAUACUUCUGGAUUAAAUUCUGAUGUUCUCAUAGUCAUUCCAUUUUUAUAAACACAGCAGUAAUUCUUACAAAAUGUCAUUGUAAAUAAUUGGUAUCUGGUAGAACAGUAUGCCUCCCCUGGAUUUGAUUAAUAUCAAUUGUUUUACAUACAUUUAAAGGAACAAAGCCCAGUGUUGCCAACUUUUAAGAAUUUCUAUUUUGCGAAUCUAACAAAUUUAUGCAUUAUUGUUACAAACUUACAGUUUAUUUUGAAGAUCUCAUUUUUACCAAACCGAUGGCUCCAAUGUUCUGAAAUUUUGUUGAGACUACAACGUUUCUUUUCCCCUUUUUCUCUCGCUUUCCACUAUUUUUUAUUUUAUAAAGUGUUAAAGUAUUUGCUCAUUCAAUAUAUUUUACUUAAUUUUUAAUUUGUGUGUUCAGAAACUACAAUCUGUUAAAAAAAAAUUUUUUUCGUUAUGUUACUCUUUUGUGACAGUAUCAAAUGAUAGAACUUUUCGAACAAUAUGAAUGGUCUUUCCUUUAGGGAGGGAGAGAGGGUUUCUUGGUAAUAUCACAAUGAAGAGUCUGGGACAACCCAGUUAACUAAUUUGAACACUCCAAGAUUCUUUAGUAUUAACAUCGAAGCACUUGUAGGUCUUAGGCAGCAUUUGUGAAUUCAACACCAAGAACAUUCCAAUAGAAUGUGAGCUAGAUUUUCCCCUGCUCUAAAUUAAUUUAUUUUCCACCCUACACCCAUUGUAAUACGCCAAAUAUUCUAAACAUUUGAAGUGAAACGGUCAGAUAGUUACAUGUUUACUACUUAGUUAUUAAAUGAGUUAUUCAAGAGGUUUUUUUUCCAUCCAAAUAUUCUUCAUACAUACUGAUGGCAGUAAUAGUCAUCUCUUGUGAAAAACAAGUGCCAAUGCUUCAAUUUUAUUUUUCUAUCUAGGACUAUCUAAUUUAUUAUAAGUUUUACCUUCAACAUAUUUAAUUAUAUUUUUUGUUGUUGUAUCAUGUCGCAAAAAUGUCCAUUAAGUAAUUGCAAAUUAAGUAUUCUGUUUUUAUCAUUGAUUUUUCUACCCGUGUUUUCUAAUUUGAUGAUAGUUUAAUCCAGUACCCAAUUUAUAAAUCUUUUUUAUUGAGCUGAACUUCUUGUGCAAUAUGAGUAUUAUUGUUAGUAUUGAAAUUUAAGUCUAAGAAAAUGUAUCGAGGUUGUGAAUGUGUACUUCUACAUCAUGUGUAGUGCUCGGUGUAACUCAAUGUUGUUUCCAAUUGCUGCAAGCAACUUCUUUCAUAUCAAGCAAUAUGAAAAAGCUUAAACUCCUUCCGAGGUAAACACGAAUUCAUUGGUUUCUCUGCAAGAGCUUCUCAUUAAUUGGAUGUAUUUCUGCCAAACAGAACUAUGUGCAUUAAGACAUUAGCCCUGAAACCCAUAAGAAUAAAUGCAUAACAGGCCUCACGUCAUAAUGCACAUAGUUCUGUUUGGCAGAAAUACGUCCAAUUGCAAGAACAGGCAUUGUUUAAAAGAAAAUGUAUCUAUUAGUUUGGCAACUGCCUACUGUAGUUGCUCAAUUUCAUAUGAGCCACAUUUGUUUGUAAUCUGCACAUCAGAUCUUAGUAGGAGUAAAAGAGAGGAAAAAAUGAUUUGCCUAUUAGCAGCUAAUUUCUACAAGACAAGCCAAAAAAAAAAAAAUUUAAGAAAUUCAGGGAGCAAAAAAAGUGUCAGAAAAUGGCAUUUAAUUUUGGAAAAUUGGCAAUGAUUCAAUUUCUUCGUCUCUUUCUUGUUAUCCUGGCAUUGCAAUGAAGUAAUGUAGCAAGGAGGUGGACCGAUCUGUGCUUGUCAGCCUGUAAGGCAAGGUAUAAAACUAUGAAAUGAGUCUUCCAUUAGCCAACUGCAAACUGGCACUGGAGAAAUAGUGUGCAUUUCACACAUCAGUGCUCACAGUAACUCGUAAUCAUGAGAAAUGUAGCUCUUUCAUCCGAGUUGUAUGAACAUUUAUUGCUGUGAAUAUGUUCUUUAAGUUUAAUUGUAAGUGAUUUAUUUUGUAUUCCUCUCUUAAUCUCAUCAAUUUUUCAAGGAAUCCGGCCAAGCCCCCCCCCCCCAGUCAAAUUAUGUCCUUUUAUUUAAACAAAUUCAAAAGUUAUGUAAUCAGCCAGUUUUUUUCCAAUCUUGAUUUGCUGUUCUUUUUAUCUUGGUGAGUGAGUAAAGUGGUUGUAUUUUGUCGGAAAUUUUGUUUCACUGUACAUAUUCUUGAUGAUUAGUAUGUUCAUCUGACAAAGAAUGAGUCUAUUUUUUAACUUUGUCCUGUGUCACUUCAUAUAUGCACAAGGCGUUUCAACUCUGGACAGCAAUUAAAAUGCCUGCAGUGUAAUUUGCAUGAGUGAUUUUAAUCAUUAAUGUUGAAAUUGAACUUAAAUGAUGUGACAUAUUGAUUGUGAUAGUCACUGAAAAGGCACUUCAAUCUGCAAAAAUACAGACUUCUUGUUAUUUCUUAUUUUUUCCAAGGUAAAACAUUGGACAUUAUAACUGAACUCUCACUGAUUUCUCUGCAUAGUAAAUAGAGUAUCUGUUGACAAUUUCUAACAAGAACUUUUAUUUGAUUUACUUCAAAAAACAAAAAAGUGUCAUCAAAGUACAUGUUUUGGAACUCUUACCAUUGAUAUAGAGAAGGAAGGGGAGAAAGUAACAUUUUUUCUUUGCUAAAAAUAUUUUGUCAAAUAAUCGUACAUAAUACAGUAUCAACUGAUGGAAAUGCAAAUACACAUCACUAAAGUAGGACUGACACCAUUUCAAAUACUCUUUAAUAAUUUAAGGUCGCUCAAAAUAAUUAUUUAAGUGUGCCAAAUUUGUCGCUUUAUUUUUGGUUACACCAUCGAGAAAUUAAUAUAUGUUCUAUCCAGAAAUCCCUUUUUUACAUCUCCGCUGUGUAGGAGUAGGACUGAACUCUGACAAAGUGUUUCUCAGGGGUCACAUUCAAAUUCGUCACAUGAGCUCUAUCUUUCACGAUGAUUAGUUUUGGCAAACUUUACAGCUGCAAGUUUCAGUUUUCAUGCCUAGAAUCAUAGUUGGGGUGAAGAUUUUUUCUCUUCCAUGAGGUUCAAAUUUCUCUCUAUUGUAUAACCUUUGUGAUAAGGGGUGCCAUUAAUUCAUAAAUAUUUUUCAUUUUCAACAUUGUUGCCAGUUAUGCAAAAAUCAAGUCUUAAAUAGUGACCUUUCCGAAUCAGGAGUUUUGUGCAUCUGAAUGCUUUUAUCUGUGUUACUUGGACACAGCAUGACUAUUACAUCCAGAAACUUCUUGCCUUCACUUCAUUUCGAUGGUAAAACUGCACAAGCGCAUUUCUCGGUCUCAGGGGUGCAGAAAACCCUCGAUAAUGUGGAAAUGUGGAAAAAAGCCCGCACCAAAAUGUAGGAAGGUGCGAAAAUGUUAAAGGGUCAAAAGUCACAGGGAAACAGAAGAAAAAGGUGAAACUUUUGGAAUCGGUGGGAAAUUUUGUGGUAAGCCGAUGAGAAAAAUGCGGAAACGAGGAAAUGCGGAAAUGCGGAAAUGCGGUAGAAGCAUGGAAAAGUGGAAGCUUGGAUUUGCACCCCUGCUCAAUCUGCGGCAUUGCAGACUUCCUUUCAUAUUUUAUUUUCUAUAUGGAAAAAUGAUAAACGUCAAAUUUUGAAACUUUGGUGUUUUUUCGUCUCUAUGUAAAGGGAACUUUGUGAAAAUUCAUGCUGUGUUGAUGAAUUGGUCCUCUUUUAUAAAAUAAAAUAGGAAGGAAGACUUUGAAACACCGCAACGGAGGUAGUGUUCCUGUAGUUUCACCGUCAAUUUUUGACACCCAGCAACCUUGAUGUUUGAACCAUUUUGACGUUUUGAAAUGAGGAAUCCACUUUCCAUUAAAAAAUUAUUUUUCUUGCAACCCUUUUCUCAAGCAAAAGUUAUCUUCUUAAGGGAUGUGCUACUUUCUAUUCAACAUUUAAGUAAAUGUAAAAAUUGUUGUUUCAAUCUUCUCAAUAAUUUGUCAAGAUCCUAGAGCAAAAAAAUUUCUCCUUAAUAUAGAGUGAAACUAUUCUUAUUUGUUAACUUUUUUGUCUGUGGUGCCUGGUUAAUUUUACUUGCUUGUUAAAUAAGUUUGGUUCUUAUUUCGAGGAUACAAAAUUAAUGUUUUUCCUCUUUUUAAAACUUCUCAAAAACUGAACUUAUCAAGAAGGAUGGAGCUUUAGGCGCAGUUUGCUAAAUUAUCCCUCCAUUAGAAUGAAUCUUAAAGUUACUGAAAGAAUGAAACUAUUUUGAUAUGUUUUGCGAUUGUCUAUUUCCAAAAUUUAAGUAAAAAUAUCCUAGUCAGUUAGACUUAAGUUUUAUUUUUAUUUGGAUGUAUGUACAUGAAUAAAAUAGACAAAUUUUUUAUACAUGA